UUAUGUGCAACACUUGAGUAAAUUUUGUAUUAGAGUAAGCAUGUUCUGCUAUAAAAGCCACUGUUAGAAAUGUGGUUAGAACAUUUCUUUUGUGACUGGGAGCUUAAGUUAGUGGAUCAGAAUUUGAGAUUUACUAUGCAAGCAUCCCUACCUUCACCUCCUAAAAUAUAUCCAGAUUAUUAUGGUCAACUAGCCUGCUCCUAUGCAACAUACAGUCCAGGCAAACUUCUAAUUUCUAAAUAUAAUUUAAGAAUUAAGUCAUUCUGAUAGCAGAAUGGGGUAUGUUGGCAAUAGGCCAAGUUAAUCUCUUUGUCCAUAGUGCCAUUUUUCACCAGUAGAGUAGGGUAAGUCUUGGCAAGAGGCGAUCUGUCCAUCAAGUAGAAGAGGGUGAAAGGCUGAACAAUUUGAAAGGUAGAAUCCAGAGACCAGAGAUCUCUCUCAAACACCUCAUAGUGUUUGCUUUAGGAGGGACUCUCCUAGCCAGGAAAGGCUAGUUACCUCUUGGGAAGAAAUUCUGCAGACUCUUUUUCUAAGACUGAAAGGACAGAUUUAGAAAGCAAGCAAAGCAUCGCCUGAUUUCAAGGGAGAAGACACCAACAUGGAGCCUGGGGGAGUUAAGACUGACAAUUGGCCAGUGAUUCCUACAUGUAUCAGCACAGCCUGAAUUAACAGUACAUUCUGAACCAGAGAACUUAUUUGUGAGGGAAUUGCCUUUGUUCUGUGUCCAGCUGGGAAGAAGCCUCUUAUAACUUUUUUCCAGAAAGUCUUUGCUUUCCCUGAAGAGAUCAAGGCUAAAGAGGGACAUAAAGAGAAUCUAGAAUUGUAGUCUAGGUGGAAGAGACUUGCAAAUAACAAGGAAAUGGAUCCAACUGAAAUGGAUUUACCUGUGGGUAAACUAAGUCAACUACUAAAGCAGAUUUGGUGGCAAAGUCAAUUGAUAAACCAGACCUUUUUGUGCAGUGACCUUCACGAUAAGGAUGGAGAAGGAGCCUGGGUCUCUACAAUGAUCUUGUUGUGUCAAGAACUUAAUGGGGCUCUCUGCCAACAUUUGGAACAUGUAAGUGGAACACUACAAGUCACUUGUCAGCAACUGCACAUACUUCUUGACAAACAGAAACUUUGCAUUUGGAGAGAAGAAAUUAAUGCUCUCAUAGACUGCCUUAAGAAAAUAAAUGAAUAUUUGAAGAGCACUGUUUUACAUCUUCAGAAAACGGAAAAGGACAUAGUUAACUUGCAAGCCAUGAAUCACGAAUAUAUUUCACUACACACACAAUCUACCAUCCAAAAUACCUUCAGUGGAACAAACAUUUCUGAAAAAGGGAAAAUGGAUUAUAUUGAAACAGCUCAUGAUUUCAGUCAACCAUUUCCUCAAAUUUCUCCUCCAAGUAAAGGAGAAAGUCACAGUAUGAGCCAAAUCCAGACACAAGAAAACAAGGAACUGAUGACUUCUGCAUAUGUGGAGGGAGAAAAUAUCACAUUAAUGAAUGGAAAUGUCAUGAGGCAAGAAAUGGAAUUUAAUGAGAUGUCCUUGGAAAAUAUGGCAGAAAAGGAUUGUAAACAAAUAGAGGCUGCUGAUGGAGAGAAAAAUAAUGUGAAAAGGGAAGAAAUUAAUGCUACAAGAUCUAGUAAAGAAUUUCCAAGAGAAUUUCAAAGUAAUAUGGAGAGUAUGAGUGAAGAGAAGAGAGUGUCUCCCAUGAAUGAUAUUGCUAAUAGAUAUGGGGAAAAUGUUCUUACAAAUGAUUCAGAGAAUCUAACCCAAACAAAUCAUGUUCUGGAAAAAGCGAAACCAAGGAUUUCAAGAGUGGAGAGGAGGGAGUGCAUUCCAGAAAUGGGAGACAAGAAUGAAGAUGGGAGAUGGAGUAUUAGAUAUCUUGUUAGUCCAGUGAAUGAGACUGGCCCCAAAGUAGCCUGUUAUAUUACAGCACCAUCAUCUAUUCUACAAAACCUGACCUGCCAGAUAAUAAAUGAUAUGAGUUCUUUGGUAGUCAAUGAUUCUGAAGAGUUGGUCAGCAAUGUCAUAUCUGUUGAGUACUCAGACCAUGAGAAGAGAAUACCAUUUCCAAUCAGCAUCGCAAUCCCAUUUAGUGCACGCUACCGGGGAAAUUACAGAGAUAUCAUGGUAAAAGUGUCUGAUAGAGACCUUCAAUCAAGUUACAUAAACUCAAGUUCAUUGGAAGGCACUCGAGGAAGUCACAAGGGGACCUGGGCUGAAGUGAAGGUUUAUAAGCUUGGCAUCUUCUCUGUGGUGUCAUGCCUGAAGAAAGAAUCCUUCAUGGUUCCGAAGAAAGGCCUUUCCCUAAAGCUCAGCAUGGAUCCCCGGAUCUCGUUAAGUUACCCCUCUGGAGUUUUCACCUCUUCAGUUCUUGUACAAUUAAAGGUCCAGCCAAUAGAUCCUUCACUAUUGUCAACAUUAAAAACUAAACAAGAUAUUUAUUAUUCAGUAGUAUCAACUAGUCCUUUAAUCCAUCUUCAACAACCAUCAACACAUCCUUUUCAUAAACCAGUCACUAUCAUCCUGCCCUGUUCUCCAAAUACAGAAAGAAAAACUCCUGGUGCUGAGAUAGAACAUAAAAGGGCAAGUACUGCUACUUUUAGAAAGAUCACAACAUCCUACCACAUCCGGACAAAGAGUGCUUCUAUAAGAAAACCUGGAGACAAUGUCAGUGAGUCAUUGAAACUACUGGGUUUCAGAAGCAGAGAGGGAAGUUGGUUUGUCCUCGAUGAUGCUGUUGUGAGAAAUGUGCAGAGUGGAAUUGUAUCAUUUGAAUUGAAUGAACAUUUAGACAGAUUACUUGUAAUUCGCCUUUCUUCCACCAUGGACAAUUUCCAUCUAGUCCUUUUUGCAGAGUCUCUAGAGGAAGCUACCUUUAGUACCAUGGCCUGUGUAGUACUAUACCGGAAUAAAGAAAACCCUCAUAAAGCAAUUGUGUCACUUGUGCCCUCCAAAGAUUUGAUCCAGGAACUUAAGAGCCUGCAUAAAAGAGGGUUCAGUGGUCCUCCGGAGCCAUCUCAGUUUUUCCAAAUGAGAGAAGGAGAACAGAUUAUUUUAAGGUUUAAUGGCAACAUUUUUGCUUCAAGUAAUGGGAAAGAUUAUGGAAAAGAUUACAAGCUUACUUUUCACUUACAAAGAAAUCCCAGUCUGGAACUCCAGCUCAAGGAGGUGGAUGAAUUUGGCAACUACAGUUCCCCUUAUUAUAAGGGUACAGUUUCAGUUUACAAAGUACCCAAAGACAAACUAGCCAAGAACUUGAAUGAACCACUUACGCUUAAUGACUUUGGGCAUCAAUUGCCCACUUGCAAAUUGCCAUUGAAUUUACCUAAGCAUGAAAAAUUAAUCAGUCAUCCACAGAGCACUAAACGAACAUCCACAGAUCCUUCAGAAGCCCUUUGGGAAAACUUGCUGUACUGGUUGGCUGAAGAACUAUCGGAAGAAAAUGCAGCAUCCCUCGCCGAAUCCCUCCCUCUCCGCAGAAGCACCAUUCAACUUGUCAAACUGAAGAAUCCUGAUAACCUGACGGAGCAGAUCUAUGAAUUCCUUUCCUUCUGGAAGAAAAGCCUCCCCACAUCAGUUGAUAAACAGAGGCUUCUAUCCCGCCACCUUCGGAAGAUUGGCAGGAGAGAUCUUUCCGAAGAGCUCAGAUAUAGGUGGGAGAAUAAGGUAUUCUCUGAGCUUCAGUCGUGGUCAGAUGUAGAGCAGUAAAACCUUGGUUUUCUAUUUCUUUUCCUUCAGGGAAAAAAUGUUCAUGUAAAUCUUGGAGACAGUUUGUCAAAAUUAUAUUACCAGCUUCCAAAUAAUGUAGUUGAAAGUUAAUUUAUUUGAUACAUGAACUAUUAACAUCAAUGGAGACAAACAGAGAAGGGCUAAUCAGACAAGAAAAGGAAAUUCUUAGGUUGAAGUGCUUUUUCAUGGUUCAGCAAUUCACAUGAAGCAAAUUUAAUUCCCUUUGGUAUGCCCAACUUGCUAGCUUUAGCCAGUGUGCUCCGCUUGCAUUUUAAUGCUCCGUGUUGUUUUUCCAACUUUGUUUUCUUAGAGCAGAAAUAUAAAUGUUGUAUGUGACAUAUGACUCACUGUUUAGUUGUAAUACAUGGAAUGAAACUGGUCAUCCGUGAGAUUUAGAUACCAAAUUACUACUCCAAUUUCCAUGUCACAUAGACUCAUCUAGAAAUUAUAGCCACUGAAGCAUCUGGGCUAGAUGUUCAUGACACCGAGAUAGUUAAAGAAAAAGAAGUGCCAAAAAUAAACUCAUUUGGAUAUUAACAAACAUAGAAAAAAAAACCCUCUCUGGUACAAAUCUACACAUUUAAAAUUUACAUUUAAUUAGAUCUAGACUGGUCAAAACCUCACUUUUUCAUUAUUUGGGAAAAGUAGGAUUGCUAACCAAGUGAAAGGCAUAUGAAGGGUUAUAAGCAUCUAUCUAUUGAGCUACUUAAGAAAACCAGCCUUUUAAAAAAGUAUUUUGGUAGUACACAUCAUAUGCAUUCAAAUGGUUUGUUAUUUCUUCUAUAUGAGAGAAGCAGAAUGAUAAAGAGUUGAUGUCCAAACCAGAAAGAACUGGGUUCAAGUCUCUCUUCUGAAAUGCAUUUAAUCUUUUAGAGAUUUAGGCAGUGCUCUAAGACUAUAAAUAGCAGAGAAAGUGCCAGUUAGAAUUGGUAGAGAGAGUUUCCUCACAUUUGUAGUCCCUAUACUGAUCAAAUCACAGGUUCCUAUAUUAGUCCUAAAUAUAUCUCCUCCAGGAGAGUGGAUCUUGCAACUCUGUUAAUAGAAGUUUAUUACUUUCUACACAGAAAAGCCACUUUAAAUUAUUUUGUUUUAAGGAAGGGAAUAAGGGAAUGAGCAUAUAUGAGCCCUUACCAUGUUCCAAACACUACACUAAAUGCUUUUUAUACAUAUUAUGUCUUUUUGAUCCAUAUAAUAAUCCUGGGAAGUAGGUGCUAUUAUUAUUCUCAUUUCACAAAUGAAGAAACUGAAGUAAACAAGUUAAAUGACUUUUCAUGGUUACAUAGCUAGAAAGUAUCUGAUUUGAAUUCUAGUCUUCCUGACUCUAGGCCCAGUAUUCUAUCCAUUGUAUCACCUAAACUUCAGGUACUGAAUGCAUUUGAGAAAAGUAUAAAUUUGAGAAUUCAUAAAAAAUAAUCUCUCAUUCAGACACCCCCUGAGUUCUGCCAGUUGACAUUAUUAAAAUUUUCUAAAGACAAAGAGACUAUAUCUUUUAUGAACUUGUAUCCAUCUCUCUCCCCAUGAAUGUCCUGUAGUCCAUUCUUGAUAAAAUGUUUGUUUAAUAAAUAAAUGAAUGAUGGCAAAUACAUUUUAAUGUCCAAAUACUUGUAUUCCUUCUGUUAUGGCUAUAUUAAAGGACUAUUUCUUUUUU